AUGUUGGACGAAAACCUCCCCACCUAUCGAUUCAAAACAUCUUCAGAAAACCCGCUCAACAAUAUCCUCUACUUUUCGCAUAAUGGAUCAGAUCCGUCGCCUGAAUACCUCGUGAAGCGCCCCUCGCCCUCCGAUGCCAAUGGUCAAUAUGCGCUUGGCAUGUUCGAUUCCCUCAACACUUCGGUGAUAUAUGCAGAAGUCGACGUCAAACCCGACUGGGUAGCACCCACUCUAUCCGCUGCCGAAAUCCGCGCGCAAAACGGUAACCCGCCGCCCAAGACUCCCGCCACACCGGACAACUUCGCCGUUUCGCUGUACAACCCUGACCAGAAUAUCGCCGUCAAACAACAUCCGGGAAGUUGGGGAAAGAGUGAUAUUUGGGAAUUUGAACUCCCAGAGAGGUCCUUCAAGCUGCCGAGUGCCAGUCAGAUCGACCAAGAAGACCGACCGCCCAUUACCGAGCUCGUUCCCAAGGUAGUGUUCCGAUGGAAACGAGAUGGCCGGUUAAGUAAGGACAUGACAUGCUACAUGACUGGUAGAAACGUGGGUGGAAAGAAGAGCAAGGAGCCCGAUAUCACCGUGGCCUUUUUCCGAGCCAAGCACGACUCGAUAUUGACCAUUUACGAACCUAAUAUGGCCCGGGUUGAGAUUGAGGACCGAAGAGGUCUUGAAAUCACUCUUCUAAUGAGUGCAGAAACCAUAAAAGAUCUCUAUAUGAACCCAAGCCAGGAUCCUUUCAACAUCCUUACCUCAUCGAAUGGCCGACGUCGCCAGAAUUCUCGUCCAGCAGCAAACUCUUCCACCGGACCAACAAUGGCUGGAGCCUUGAACAACAAUCGGCCAUCAUCACCUCCUCGCGCCCAGCCCGCGCAGCAAACCCCAAACAACGAUGCUCAACGCCAGGCCGGGGUUGAAGCCGAGACAAAACGGUUACAAGCCAUGGUAGCGGAGGAGGAGCGUGAGAGACUGGAGCGUGAGAAGGAAGAAGAGGAAGAGCGCAAGAGGAUCCAGAGGAUGCUGGAGACUGAGGAACAAGAACGUCGGAAGCGGGAGGCCGAGGUUGAUCAGGAGACGGAGCGCCUACGUCGAGAGUUUGGCAUGGCCGGCCAAGAUUUCGACAACCAAACAGGCGCAGGUCACCCAUCACCACCGUUACCCCCUCGACCUCAGUUCUCUUCCGGUGCAUUACCUGCUCGACCCAACAGCGUUGGACCAGCACCAAAUGGUCGCCCACAACCAAACUUUGCGCCACCUCCUUCGCAGCCUCAACCUGGUCCCAGUGAGAAUGGCAAGAAGCGCCAUGGUCUAGGUAGUUUACUACAAGGACCUUACGCAGGACCUGCGGCGGCAAGCGUCAGUGGUUUCUUCAGCAGUCGGAAGGAUGAGGAGAAGCGGAAGAAGGUACAAAAGAAGCGCAGUGUACAUUUUUAA